AUAUACCAUGCCUAAUCCGCAGUUCGCUUGCACGCCUCUUUAACGAAUACCCUUGAUUUGCAACCAUCUCAGUCUCACCUCAGCUCAGCUGUACUGACGAUUCUCAACCUCUUGUUGCUCGACUCAAGCUCAAUCUCAUCUAUAUCAACCUCGCCCAACGCCAUGCUAGCGACGCAUCACAAGGACAGCAACAACCUCGAGCUCGCGUCCCUCAUCACCUCCGACGACGAAGAAGCCGCCAUCUCCUCCUCGUCUUCCCCCGACGCGCCUCUCGCCAUGCCAGCACAAUCUCAGCCCUCCACCAUGCCACAACCAAAAUGGUUAUCACAGACCACAGCGCGGACGUGGUCCUCCCGCAUCCUCCCACUGCUCGCGCGCAUCGUCCGCCCCCGUCUCACAUGGCGAUAUGCCCUCGGCGCGUCCAUCAUCCUGUACUACCUCUACUGCACCAUCCGCCAGACACACCUCCUCGCAUCCCCUCUGCCCUCGUACACGGGGCCCCAUGGCGUCGGCGCCGUCGAUCUUGAGGUCCCCCUUCCGGAUGGUCCGCAGAGCAUAUCAGAGCACACCUUCAAAGACGGCUCCCCAGCCUUCGAGGUAGAGUCCCUCCUCGUCACGCUCUACUACCCCACCGAUCCAGCCUUUCGCUCCAAAAAGCCACGAUACACAUGGAUCCCCAAGCCCGUCUCACUCACGGCGCGCGGGUACGCCAAACUCGCCGGCUUCGAUAACUUCAUCACCCGCCCUGUCAUGACCUUCUUCCUCUGGGCGGUGGGCGGCGGCAUCACCAUCCCCGCCGAAGUGGACGCACCCUUACUCGAGUCCAACGACAAGCUAUCCCCCUUGGUCUUCUCCCAUGGCAUGGCCAGCUCACGCACCGACUACACAAACUUCCUGGGAGAACUCGCCUCACGCGGCCAGGUCGUCGCCGCCAUUGAGCACAGAGACGGAUCCUCCCCUGGCUCCCUCAUCAAACUCAACGCAAACGACGCCACCGGCGGCCGAGAAAGACUGCAUUUCAAGUCAUCAGAGCUCAAGGAAGACGUCGACACCCCCAAGUUCAAGGAGCUACAACUCGCCUACCGCGACGCCGAGAUCCUCGCCGCCAUCGACCUCUUCGCCGCCCUCAGCAAGGGUGCCCCCAUCAACAACACUCGUGCGCACGUUGACACCCUCUCCUCCUGGGCCGGACGUCUCGCCAUGGACAGACUCCUCAUCGGCGGCCACUCCUACGGCGCAACAGGCGCGCUGCAGGCUCUGUCCACCGUGGCCCCAGAUGCCAUUGGCGGCAUCAUCCUCGAUCCAGGCAAAGGCUCUGGGCCCCUGAACAAGGACACCAAAGUUCCCCUGCUCAUCGUUCACUCCAACUCGUGGAGUCGAAAGGUGAGCCCGUUCCACGGCCGUCCGCACUUUGACACGGUUCGCGACCUUGUUCGCGAUUCUCCCGCCCCCGGCUGGUUUCUCACCUCCUUGGGCACUGCCCACCCCAGCGUGACUGACGCACCGCUCCUCGAGCCACUCCUCUUGAGCUGGACGACUGGUGCGAACCUGGACGUCAAGGGUGCGUUGAAGGAAUACGUCAAUGUGGCGGACGAAUUUUACCAUUAUCUUUUCGAGGGCAAGACCAGUCAGGGUGGUCUGCUUGCUGAGGCGGUCACGCACGAGGAAUACGGCAAAUGGAUCAGUGAAGAGAGGAAAAAAGAGUUCUCCAUGGACAAGGCGAAGUUAUGGGAAGUGCACGUCAGUCCACAAUUGUAGAUGUUUCCCUAUUUUUGUUUUACCACAUUAAUGAUGACACGACAGCAAGUAUGAGUAGCAAUUCAUUAAUCCUAUUUUCUAUCUCUCGGGCAACACUGUUCAGACUGUUCCAACCCUGGUUUGCCCUUCAGAGCCCCAGCCAUCGUUUGUUUUCCAUGUAUAAAUCCCCCCAACCACCAUCGUCAUCCAGUUGAAUUGUAUACUUGGUCGUCAUAGAAAUGCUGGUGAGCUCCCCAUAGUACUGUCUGCUGUGCUGCCUGCCACUCUCUGGCGUCGACUGCUUAAGAAUUGCUCGACCAUUACCUUACUACCACUGUGCUCUGUACCG